AUGUUACGUUCUAUAUUGCAAUAUGUGGUUGUCCUAAUUUUAUUACAUCAAUCCUAUGCAAUUGGCAAAACUAUUCGAUGGCCAAAACCUGUUGCUUCUUCAUCUACAACAAAAGCAAUAACAGAUUUGAUCUCUCGUGUACUUGACGAUGCUCCAGUUGCUCAACACUUUCAAGUUUCAAUCAAUCCUAAUCUAGCAUUCAAUGACAAAGAUGUUUUUCAACUUUCCAAUGGUUCGUCACCUGGUUCAAUACUCAUUUCAGCAUCAUCAGGUGUAGCUGCAGCAUUAGGAUUCAAUUAUUAUCUCAAAUAUGUUGCACAAAGUUCAUUCUAUUGGUCAGGCAAGAAUAUUCGACUACCUCGAUCAUCAUUAAUUCCAUUAACUACAUCGAUUCGAAUAGUUGCAAAUGAUUUUUUUCGUUGGUAUGGUAAUCCAUGUACAUUUAGUUAUUCGGCUGUAUUUUGGAAUUUUUCUAGAUGGGAAAAAGAAAUUGAUUGGAUGGCUAUGAAUGGUGUGAAUUUAGUGUAUGCAACAACUGGAAUGGAAUAUAUUUUUAGUAAAGUUUUUCUACGAAUGGGUUUUACUCAAUCGGAAUUAGAUGAGUAUUUUACAGGCCCAGCAUUUUUAGCUUGGCAUCGUAUGGGUAAUCUUCAAAAGCAUGCUGGUCCAUUGUCACGAAAAUGGCAUGAAUCACAAUUUGAACUUGCUAAAAAAAUAAUUCAACGAAUGACUGAUAUUGGAAUUAUUCCAGUUCUACCUGCUUUUACUGGCUUUAUGCCUCGUAGUGCACCGAAACAUUAUCCUACAGCGAAAUUUUAUUAUUCAGCAGACUGGAAUGGCUUUGGUUGUAAUGAAUCUUGUUUGCCAUAUCUUGAUCCAACUGAUCCAUUUUUCCAACAAGUUGGUGUUGCACUAUUGAAUGAAACAAUUGUUUCUCUCAACAUAACUUCGCAUUACUAUGCAUGUGAUCUAUUUAAUGAGAUGACACCACCAAUUAGUGAUCUCAAUUAUUUGGCUGAUGUUAAUGCAGGCAUUUUUCAAACUAUGCAAACAGUUGAUCCUAGUGCUAUUUGGGUGAUGCAGGCUUGGUUAUUUCUUGAAGAUUUUUGGACACCUGAUCGUGUCAAAAGUUAUCUUAGCAAAGUUCCUCAAGAUCAUCUCAUUUUAUUGGAUCUCUUUUCUGAAGCUAUACCACAAUAUUCACGUUUUGAAUCAUUCUAUGGACAUUUUUAUAUAUGGAAUAUGUUACAUGAUUUUGGUGGUAAUAAUUUUUUGUUCGGUUCUCUUGUUAAUGUUACCAAUGGACCACAAGCUGCUCGUGAUUAUUCAGAUCAAUUUAUGAUUGGUGUUGGUAUUACAAUGGAAGGUAUAAAUCAAAAUGAAAUUAUAUAUGAAUUUGCACUUGAACAAUCAUGGCGUACUCCAUUGAAUGAUAGUGGAUUAAGUGAAUGGUUAGUCAAUUUUGUCUUACGUCGAUAUGCAAGUAAUGAUGAAAUACCUGGUCCUGCACUGUAUGCAUGGCAAUUAUUAGGAAAUUCAGUUUAUCAGAAAAAUCCAUAUGGUGCAAGUUCAUUAAUGUUACACAGACCAGCACUUAAUCGAGGUCAAGGUAUUAAUUUCGAUCUCAAAUCUCUAUUUUUGGCUUGGGAAUUAUUAGUUGCUGCAUCAAAUGAACUUGAUUCAGAUCUAUUUCGAUACGAUUUAGUAGAUAUUACUAAAGAAGUACUACAAUAUAAAUUUGCUACUUAUUAUAUUGAAUUGAUAGCUGCUUUCAAUCAAAGUGAUCUCUAUGGAGUUGGUACUCAAGCAGCUAUUCUUGUUGAUAUUUUAGCUGAUAUGGAAAUGAUAUUAGCUUCAGAUCGUCGAUUUCUAUUAGGUAAUUGGAUUAGUGAUGCAUUACAAUUUGCAAUGAGUGAAGAAGAAAUUCAUUUUUAUAAUUUCAAUGCUAAACUACAAGUAUCGAUUUGGGGAAAUAAUUAUACAUUAGGAUUAUAUGAUUAUGCAAGUAAAUUUUGGUCUGGAAUGAUUCAAGAUUAUUAUGCUCCUCGAUGGUAUGUCUUCUUUGAUGUCUUACUUAAAAGUCUUGUCGAAGGUCAUCCUGUUGAUCAAAAUCUUUUGGGUAAACGUUUAUUUCUCGAAGCUGAAUUGCCAUUUUUUAUGUUAGAUACAAAAUAUUAUCCUACAAUUGCACAAGGUGAUUCAAUUAUGAUUGCUCGUGAAUUAUUCAAUAAAUAUCGAUCGUCAUUGAAUGAUAUUGAUUUACCACUAAGUUCUUCAACACAGCAAUUUUCUUUUAAACAUUAUUUCAAUUAA